CAUUCAAAGGCAGAUUUGAUAUAUGUAAAUGAGCUAAGACAACAUAUCUUUAUUGUUAAUUUCAACAACUAGAAUAGAAUAAUGAUAACAUUUCCAAAAGUAAUGAUUCCGGAGAAAAUGGACCGAAAUUGCUUCGGUUAUUUACUUUGACUGAAAAAAAAACACAACAAGAGUUGAAGAGAGCGUUCAAAAAGGAACUUAUAUGAACAACAUAUGUCAGUAUGGCCUAAAACUAGUCUACAAAAUACUUUGAAGUUACGAUACCAUAAUACUGAUAUGUAUUAACGUAAUAAAUGUUAGGAAAACAUAUUAGAUUUAGAAACAUGACCACCAUAACUGUGCCGAAAGAACCUGAGUACAGCCCGUGUGAGAUUUCAGGGGAGAAAACUUGUAAUGAUGGGAGAUGUAUUUCAAAAAUUGAUCUGUGUCCUGAGGAACAGUUGAUGAAUCAGAACACGAUACUAAUUAUGAUCGUAGUGGGAAUAGCUGUGGUGAUUUUCCUUAUUGUGUUAUACUGUUUUCAACAAAGACAGAGAAAUGCUUCUAGAUCAAGGUUAAGAAAUCAGACCUCAAUAGAUAAUGAUAUGGAACCAGAGAGAUCGUCUUUGUUUGAGCCUCCUCCAGCCUAUGAUGAGGCUAUAGACACUAGGUUGUACCCACCGACACCACAGAUGCUUAGAGAUCGCUCAUUAAGACCCCCAUCAGAGGACCAGCCACCAAUGACACCACCUCCUAAUUAUGACACAGCUUUACAAAUUCUUGCAAGAAGCCAUGAAUCAGUUUUAGGGAAACCUCCAUUGUUACGACGGCAGUCAUCAACAACAUCUUCAUUCAGACGUAGCUUUUCAUUUGAUUUGCUCAAUAAUCAGACUGUUACAUCAAACACUUUAGUGCCAUUGACUGAGAGAGAGACAAAUAAUCAGGAUAAACCUGAGAGUAGGGGAGACAACGCUAGAAACAGUGAUCUGACGAUACAAAUCAUCAGCUGAUGAAUAGAAUCUCGUCUAGUCUGUUCAGUAUAUUGUCAUGAGAUUAUGUGAACAUUUAUUUAUAUUUUUGAAAUCUUUGUGAUAUUGUACAUUUUUGUAUAGAUUUUUAACAGAUUCCCGGUAGUGCAUAGUACUUCUCAAUUAGUCAGAUGUCACAUGCUUAAUUAGUCUGAAGGUCACAUGCAUAUUUAGUAAUUUAAGUUUAAAGGCUUAAAGACUUUUAUUUAUUAGUCAGGGCAUUUACUUAAUUACACAUAUAUUAGUUUUUCAGCAGUUCCUUGUAGCAUAGGAUGCAGUUUAACUAUGCAAGUUCAUAAACUGGUAAUUUGACAUCAAAAUUCACAGAUUUAAUCAUUUGAUAUCCCAUGCCUCUGUAACUUCAAGACAGAUUAAGUUGAAAUCAACAAAAAUUGAAAUUAAUGAAUAUGAAUGAAGUCUGUUUCUUAUAGACAUGAUAGAAGCAGAAUAUUUUGAUAAGAAAAAUAGUAAAAUCUGAAAAUAUUCAAGUGUCUCCAGGUGACAUUAUCAGUUUAAAAAAACUUUGUAUAAGGCCAAGAAAACCUUGUCAGUAAAUUGUAAAUGCCCCCAUACAUAAAACAAGAUGGGCGUUAAUGCAAUGAAAUAUUCUUAAACCUCUAUAGCAUAAAAGCAGUCAUUUGAACUAUAUGCAUUAUAGUAAUUAUGAACAGAUUGACUAAUUCAUCAAUUCACCAUUUGAGGGUUGGAACUCCAUUUUUAUUUUGUGAAGGUACCCACAGAAUUUUAAUUGUUUUCUGUAAUGCAUGAAAAUCAGAAAAAACUGAUGAAAUAUCAUCUAGUGGUUUAAAAAAAGAUAUAAGGGAGUUCUGAUCCUCCCAUUAUUUAUGUCUGGAAAACUCUGUACCUAGAUUAUUGAAAAAUAAGUUGGGAUGCGCUAAACUGGUAAAGGAGGAUAGGGGAAAUUAUCAUCUGUCUUGUGUGUUGAUUAAAUUUUAUAGUCAAAAGUGAAUUUAACAGGAAGUAUUGACAGUAGAAAAUAUUUUAAAGAAAUUUAUUGAUUUUUAAGGUGAUGAAAGAGAAGAUAUUUAUUUAAGGAUUGCUUCUAUAUGAGGUCAAAGUUUACCUCUUUCGUAUGGUGCUAAUUACCAAAGAAUGUUCACUAUUACUUCGUCCAUUGUCUUUAUGUAUUUAAAAACAAGAAACAAUUUGUCAGAUUUUUAUUACAAAACUUGUGUAAACUAAUCUAUCAUAAUUGAUACAAUCACUGCCAUGUUUUGUGAAGGAUGAUGUUUUGAGCUGAGGUUGACAGUUUCUGCCAUGUUUUGUGAAGGGUGAUGUUUUGAGCUGAGGUUGACAGUUUCUGCCAUGUUUUGUGAAGGGUGAUGUUUUUGAGCUGAGGUUGACAGUUUCUGCCAUGUUUUGUGAAGGGUGAUGUUUUGAGCUGAGGUUGACAGUUUCUGCCAUGUUUUGUGAAGGGUGAUGUUUUGAGCUGAGGUUGACAGUUUCUGCCAUGUUUUGUGAAGGGUGAUGUUUUUGAGCUGAGGUUGACAGUUUCUGCCAUGUUUUGUGAAGGGUGAUGUUUUGAGCUGAGGUUGACAGUUUCUGCCAUGUUUUGUGAUGAUUUGAUGUUUUGAGCUGAGGUUGACAGUGUCACGACUUGGUUGUGAUUAUUGUUUUUGCUGAAUUAAGUCAGUGUUGGCUAAUGGAGUGGGUCUCAUUGGGGUCUAAGCGUGACCCGGGAUUGCCGAUUUUUUGUAAGCGUGACACGUGAAAGUCAAAUUAUUGUGCCGUGAAAACGGGAAAUGAAGUCUAGCGGGACACGGGAAAUUACAAAAAAAUAAGAAUUGCUUACGUACAUAGUGUAAGCGGGAUAUGGGAAUCUGACAAAACAGUAAGCGGGAUCCGGGAUUAGCACCCCCCAAUGAGACCCCCAAUGGAGAUGUUGUUUUAACAUUUACAUAGUGUUAACCAAAAUAUAUCAAAUUAUUAAUGAGGAUCUAAUUAACAAAAUAAUGUUCUCAGAUCAGAAGCAAAGGAUGUGUUAUCAUAACGUCCUUAUGUAUUAGCUCAAGGUCAUAAGCCAAAGUUAUAUUUUUUUUAUAUCAGGCAAGGGUAAACCAGAGGUUUAAUAGUAGCUAUGCUCUCAUAUUGUCCCUGUAAACAUUUUCAAUGCCAUAAGCUCUCUUUAAACCAAGCUUAGAUCUAGUGCUAAAGAUACAAUUUGUGUAUAUUGUCGUGUUAGUAUGGUCAAGGUCAAAUGUCAAUUUGAUCUAUAGAAUUGUAGUUAUAUAAAUAUGUACAAGGUGUACAUCUGAGAUGGGGAAUCUAACCUUUGAUCUCAUUUUCAUGGUUCAGUGAUCACCUUUUGAUCAGUUUAUCAGUUUUGAUGAAUCAUAGGUCAACUGUAUUUGUUCUAUAAAUAGAUGUAUGAUACUGAUUUCCAUUCAUAAGGUGUACAUGGUCUGUCUGAAAGGGAUAACCUGACCUUAACUUUAAACCUGUUGAUCAACCUUUAGUUUUGUGCUUAGGUCAGUUUCUUAUUUAAAUAGUACUUAAGAGUAUACCAAAGGGUCAAUUAACAGCCAUAGGUCAAAGAAAUGGAAUCACUAUGACCAAAAGAAAAAUGAAGUCAUAGUUAUUAUAAAAAAAACUGCAACAUUUUGAGAAGAUUACUAAGUUGUCAUCAUCAUUUUCUUAUUAUUCAUGACUUAAGAUUAUGUUAAUAUGUUGUUGAACAAUACUUUAGUACUUUUAUUUUAUGUAUGAUAAAUGUUAUGUUAAUGUGACAAUACUUUAGUGCUUUUAUUUUAUGUAUGAUAAAUGUUGUGUUAAGGUGAUUUGUUUGUAAAGUUUAAAAAUCAAUGUGUUUAUUUAUUACUACAAAUUUAAUUUACUGUCAAGAAUGUGUUGGGAUAGUAAGAAAUGUUUUAUUUUAUUUAUCUCCGAAAUUGAUUCCAUAAUUAUAGAAGUAUAUACUUGGGAAACACAAUGUAUCAACAAAGGACAAUAUACACUUCACUGUAAAAGAGGGACGAAAGAUACCAGAGGGACAGUCAAACUCAUAGAUCGAAAAAAAAACUGACAAUGCCAUGGCCAAAAAUAAAAAGACAAACAGACAAAUAAUAGUACAGAUGACACAACAUAGAAAACUAAAGACUAAGCAACACGAACCCCACCAAAAACUGGGCGUGAUCUCAGGUGCUCCCGAAGGGUAAGCAGAUCCUGCUCCACAUGUGGCACCCAUAUUGUAAUGGUUCCAGGAUUUUGAGAAAGAGGUUUAAGACCCCAAAAUUGAUAGUUUUCUUACUAUUUUUACAUGACAAUAAAAUUGAGAAUGGAAAUGGGGAAUGUGUCAAAGAGACAAUAACCCGACCAUAGAUCAGACAACAGCCGAAGGCCACCAAUGGGUCUUCAAUGCAGUAUCUUUUCAAUCACCUUUUUAUUUAAUUAAUGUUAAGGUAAAUGUUGAUGUAUGGUGGAUAGUUGUUACAUUGACAAUCAUACCACUUCUUAUUAUUGUAAAUUCAGAAAUUAUUGCGAGGUUUUUAUUAUUGCGAAAAAUGCGACAGAGUUGUAAACGCAAUAAUUUAAACACGCAUUUUGAAAUAUUUUAUAUGAAUUAAACAUGAUUUUUCUCAAAAUCGUAAAAAUUAAAAUCGCAAUUAAGUCUAAAAUGACAAAAUCGCAAUAAUAAAUGCACGCAAUAAUUUCUGAAUUUACAGUAUUUUAUAUAUAUUUCUGUGUAUACUAUGUAAGAGUAUACGUGCAUUUAUUCAUCUUACACCAGACUUUAUCUUGCUCAAAUCUUUGCUUUGUAAACAUAAUUCUCAGAUGUAUGAUAAGCUUUUUAUUAUCAAAAAUUAUUUUUAUAUGAAUAUUUUAUAUUGUCAUUAAUCAGAUUGUGCCAUUUGUAUACCAUAAAGUCAACAAUUAAUCAGAGCUUUUAUUAACACUAAUUUCAAGCUUUUUUUGGUGAAACUGCAUUUAUAAAUCUCCACAUUUACAAUGAUUUCAAAACAUACAAUGUAUAUUAUUUCGCUUUAAGCUAAAUUCGUAAGGCAAGAUAAAUUUAUUUCUAGAUUCUCGUUGCCAACAAAAUAUAGCAAUUAUUUAUUCAGAUUUUUUAUUUUAUGUUUUCAAGGUGCUUAUAAAAGAAUCAUGGUCUGUCAUGUUUUAUGUCACAAGCAGUGACAAUAAUAAAAAGCUAACAAACCUGCCCAAAUUGAAAACUAGAUAAGAAUUUAGGAAUUGAUAUAGUUUCGUUACAAUAAUUCCAAAUUAGGGCAAAAAGGUCCAGAGAGGUAACAAUUAGAGGCCCUCUAAAUUGAAUCAUAUUUUAAAUAAUAUUUUCAACUGCUAUCAAAGUGGGCCAUAAGUUUUUAUAUUUAAAUUUGCAUAAUAUUAACUUUUGAGAAGAUUUUAACCAUUUUGUCCCACUUGCAAAUGUUGAGAAGGCAAAACAUAGCGAUCCUAGAUUAUGUUGUAGGUUUGUCAAUAUUUAGUUUUUUAGACAUCAAUAAUUUUGUCAAACAUUCAUUGAAAUUUAGGAAACUUGGAGAGAAGUUUCUUCUUGAUCAAGCUAUAGCAUCAGGAAAAAUAUUUUAGAGAAUGUUUUUUUUUUUUCAUUUCUUGUAUUUUACCAAUGAAUGGACUUUAAUAGUUUUUUUCUAGUUUAACUUUGUACAUAGGCUAGGGUGAAAGUUUUUAAAAUAUCAAUAACCUUUUCAAACCUUGGAAUUUCAGGAACAUUUUACAAAAUCUUCUUCAUAAUCAAGAGUAUUUUUUUGAUUUUUUUUCAUUUUACAAUAUUUAACUAUCAUUUACAAAUUGGGGACAGUAGCUUCUUCAAAAUCAAGAGAUAGCAGUCUGAGCAAAGUUUAUAUUUUUUUUGUAUUUUACUGAUAAAUUGACUUAAUUUUUUGGAGUCAACAUUAUGACAACAGCAGUCACAGUUAAAAUCCUAGCAAGGCUUUAUGAAUCUCGACAAAUACAGAAAAACCUGCCUUAGAACUUGUAAGUCCAUUCAAGGGCAGCAUGAGUGUAAUGGUUGUGAAUAAAAGGGAACAAUCUGUAACAUUCUACUACUUCUAGUCAAUUCACAUUUUUAGUAUCUUUCACAUUCUGUCAUUAUUUCUAUAUAUAUAGCUGAAAAUGAGGUUCAUAUUUAAUGUUAAAAAUACAUUUGUUGUCUUAAAGUAUUUAGUUGGUAUAGCCAAGCUUUUGAAAGUUUAAUUAUCUUAACAUAACAGUUUUAGGCAGAUAAUGAAAUAAUUUUUUUUUCUUGCAAUUAUCACAUUCUCUUGAAAUCUUCAUUUGUUUAUAUAUAUAUGAUGUGUCUAAAGUUUAGAAAAUUCUCAAUUUAAAGUUCUAUAUAAAUACUUUUUUUUCAUUGGUUAUUUACAGAUUUCCUAUGUGCAAUGGAUAAAUCCUUUACUUUUCCACACAAGAUUUACAAGAUUCACUUUUACAUAUAAAUACAUUAAUUGAUUGAUGGCUUUGUUAUGCCACAUCAUUCAAAAUUAUGGUGGUAUUACAUUAGAAAACUUUUUUUAUAGUGAUGGUGCUAAACAACUUGUAAUUAUUAUUUUUUUAUCCUAUCAAUUUUUUUCCAAAAAUAAUCAUAUGUUUUUCAAUGAAUUGCCUGAAAUUGAGGGAGUUGUCUCCCGUUAUUCUGCUGUAUACAGUGCAUACUAUCCAACAUAUAUAUAAUUAACAAUGAAAAUUGGUUGUUACUUAUGUUAUUUACAAAUAUCUUGAAACGAAAAUCAGAAGGUGUUUUGGUUCAGGUUUUACCCAAGGUUGUCCAUAAAUUACCACCAUUACUUGUCUGUUUAAACAGUAAGUAUGAAAUCUUAAUCAUUAGAACAUUUCAUUAUUCUUUGAAUCUCUUAACAACAAAUACUAUAAGCACAUGUCAUUUAUAAAAUAUUAAGCACAUUUUAUGAUAUACAAUAUUAAGCAAAUGUCAUUUAUACAAUAUUAAGCACAUGUUAUAAUAUAUAAUAUUAAGAAAAUGUCAUUUUAUUUAUGACUUGUGACAAAUGUUUUAUUUGAAUAAUAUUUUAUAAUAUGAGGCUAGAUUACUAAGAAAAUAACAGGUUGAUAUUGUAGAAUUGUUUUAUUCUCAUUUAGUUUUUAGAUAUAUUCUAACCCUGUAUGUGCUAUAUGACAUUCAUUAGUGAAAGAUUUUCAAUAAGAUCCAACCAUGUCCAUAUUUAAUAAUCAGGGUUGAUAAUACCUCUUUCACCAAAAUAUUGGAUUUUUUUUAAAAAUACAUUAUAUAAGUGCCUUCUCUUUUAUAGGAUAUAUGUUUCAGUUAAAAAUUAUAUCAAUAUUCGCAUAAUAAUUAACAAACAAUGAAGAUUAAACAGGAAGUGAAAUAUGAGACUCGUGAAACAGGUCUAGUUUGUUGUUUUUUGUCUUUAUGUAUAGAUCACUUUAUGUCUGAAUGAAAAAGUUUGAGACUUAUGGAAAAGCCAUAGUUACUUUUUGUCGUCUAUAUUUUUGAAUAGGUCCUUUUCUGCAUGUCAUAACCAUUGCAUUCUUCUGUUAUUGUGCAUUUGAACAUGGGAAUAGAGAUCUUUAUUUACUGAAGGUUGGUGGGUAACUCAAGGUAUUUUUCUCAGUUGAUAAAAGUUCAUAGCAAGACAUUAUACAAAGAUUUCUGAUUCAAAGUACUAGUACAGAAAUUCAACAGACUUGGUAGUGUACAAUUAAGAAUCUGUAUCUGUGUGUAAAUAACCAAAGCAAGAAGGUGUGAUGUAUAAAUGUUAUAUUGUAACAUUCUUAUUUAGAGAUAGGCAGAUGGCAGAUCUUUUGAUGAUUUUUUUUGAAUUUACUGGGUCGCUCAUGAGAAUUAGGAGUAGGACCAUAUUGGCUGUAAUUUUACCUAUAAAUUUACAAAUUUUUUCCUUUUUUAGGGGAGGGGGAUGCCAGGUGUACCCCUAUUUGAAUCCGUGCCUGUAUAUGUUACCUGUCAUAUGGUAGAAUAGAAGUAUACAUGGAAAAAUAUUUCUAUGGUGUCUGAAAAUUGACAAAUUUAUGGCAUUUGUACAAAAUUUGUAUAUUAAUAUUAAUCAUAAAAUAUGAUUGUGAUGUGAUUUUUUUGUGAUGAAUAAAUUGUGCAAUAUUUUUAAAAUGUAUAUUUCAUCAUUUUUGUACUAUUGAUGAAAUGAAUUUAUGAUGAAAAAAUUGUUGAAUAUUGUCCAAGAAAUCAGAAAAUAAAAGUAAUAUAUCUA